GGAAAAUUCUAGAAGACACAGUAACCAAACAACACUAACAAAAAAUGGCUUUCAGAAGAACAUCUUCGGUUUUGUAUAUUCUCUUCAUCUUUUAUCUUCAACACAAUUUGCUUUCCGUGAGCUCACGACCUCCCUCAGUAGAUACGAACCACGAGACUCUUCCUUUUAAUCCCUCAGAGACGGAUGUUGUUGGGUUUGAAGGAAAGACUCGUGAGCUAGCUGUCGUUAUCAAAAAAGCAAUUGGUGGAGGACGUGGCGGGGGGAGUGGCAGCAGGGGUGGAGGAGGUGGAGGUCGAAGCCGAUCACGUGGCGGGGCAGGUGUGAUUUAUCCGGCCAGAUCGCAUUUUCAUCGUUCAAGCGGUAGCAUGAACCUUCGAGGGGGAGUGUGUGCGGUCGGCUGGUUGUGUUCAUCGGUGUUAGCCGGUUUAUUCUUGAUUCUGAACUUGAUAUAUGUACGUAGGUCUAGAUGGAACUAUGGCGUAUGUAAAGUGUCGUUCAUAUUCACUUAGAAAAAGUGUUUUCACCAGUUGCUCACCCCACAAGAACAAUACAUAUUUAUUUAAAUUUGUAAAGCAAACGUUCCUAUGAUAGCA